ACACGUGGUUCGCGUAAACCACGCACGCAAGACUCGAACGCUUUCAGAAAUGGCGGACGGCGAGAGCAGCUAUUCGCUGCCGCUACCUUGCGUUUUUUCACCAAAAUCACGACAGUACCUGGCAGUGUGUGCUCAGGAUGGAAGACUUCGAAUUUGGAACACAGACAGUAAAACACUUCACCGGGAAUACGUGCCUUCAGCUCAUUUGAGUGCCACUUGUACAUGCAUACAUUGGGGACCAUGCCGGACAGUCAAGGAGGGUCCUCAGAGGAAGAAGAGGAAAUCAGAAGCAGGGCAGCUGGAGGAAAAGGCAGACCUGUUGGCAAUGGGCACGGUGGCAGGCACAGUGCUCAUUUACAGUACAGCUAAAGGAAUUCUGCACUGUACCCUGGAUGGAGGCCAUAGUGGAGGAGUGAAUUGUGUUCAUUGGCACCCUGAAGACAGUUUAUUGUACAGUGGCUCAGAUGAUACAAACAUUGUAGAAUGGGACCUGCAGACAGGCAAGACACGGAGUAAGUGGAAGGCAGACCGUGGUGCAGUGACCAGUUUGUGUGUGAGCCCAGAUGGUAAACUACUGCUUUCAGCUGGACAGACCAUCAAGAUGUGGGACUUGGACACCAUGGAGGUUUACAGGAAAUUCACCGGCCACUCCACAGCUGUGACGACCCUUCGUUUUGCCACCACACGACCCCCUGACAGCAGCAGUCUCUAUUUCCUGUCUGGUGCUGCUCACGAUCGACUGCUCAGUGUAUGGCAAGUACGAGAAGAUGGCAAGGACAAGAACUCGGUGGUGUCAUUCACACUAACGGAUGAGCCUCAACAUAUUGACCUUGUCGCAUCCAAAAGCAAGGAACAGGCGGUGAGGCUAGCAGUGGUGUGUAAAGAUGGACAGCUGCAUCUCUUUGAGCACUUUCUGAAUGGGCCCUGCAAGAAGCCCCUGUCACCUUCAUGCACGGUGCAGAUGUCAGACACAAAGGAUUCCCCAAUGCCAAUCCCCCUCAUCGCAGCUGGCCUGGGUGCUGAGUCCCGGACUGUGAUGCUGGCUUAUGGCAACUAUCUACAGCCUGUAAUGGAGAGAGUGGAUAUUAACACAGCUGAUAGACAUGUUUGUUUGACACGGAAUAUUCAGACGACAUUAUCCCUUUCCAUCGCAUCUACCAUUUCCAAGGUGAAAACCCCAAUUGUCAAUGCAAAGAGCAAAGUGCUGGUUCCUGGGCUUCCAGGUCAUCAAGCCCCAGUUAAGGGAUCUUCAAUGGCAACAGAGAAAAGGAAGAAAGACUCGGACUCCAAAGAGAUGUCAAUAGCAGAGCGUCUUGGGGAAAUUGAUCUGCAGGCUACAGCUUCCAUUGAAAAGGGAGCUCCUAAAGGGAUGCCCUCUCUGCAGACAGACAAUUUUGCGGUGUUGCUGGUGCAGGGCCUUGAGAGCAAUGACCGUAGCAUCCUAAAUAAAGUUUUUCAGACUCGUAAAGAAAUGAUAAUAAAGAAAACUGUUGCUCGCCUGCCCCUCCCUGCUGUUUUACCUUUGGUGGAAGAGAUUACCAAAAGGCUCCAAGGGCACCCUUUCACGGCAGUUCUGAUGGUCCGGUGGCUCAAAGCAGUGCUAAUGCACCACACAUCAUACCUGUCUUCGCUGCCUGACCUGGUUUCCCAGCUGGGAGUGCUUUAUCACAUGAUUGAGAGCAGAGUGAAGAUGUUCCACAAACUAACCAAGUUACACGGAAAGCUGUACCUCCUCAUUACACAGGUGGCGACAAAUACUAGCAGCAACAAAGUAUCUGAUGUUGACCACACACCCAAACUGGUGUAUGAAGAGGAAUCUUCAGAUGAAGCUGAGGCAUCUGGGGAUGAAAUUCUUCUGGAUGAAGACUCCGAUAAUUGGGAGGAGGAUGAGUUGAUGGAGGACGACAAGAAAGACCAAAUUGACCAGAAUGAAGAAGAUCUCGAUAGCAGGACGGAUUCCAAAGCGAAUGGGGAGGAAAACAUGGAGCACGAUAAUGAGAGCGAAGAAGAAUGAAAGUUAAACCCUAAUGGACCCAAAACAGUUAUAUAUAUAUAUACUUUCAUUUUAUUUUCACGCUUUUGAUUUUAUUAUGACAACAAAGUAUGGUUUUACAAAAUCGAGGGAGGUGACAGAAUUAGAGCAGUUUGGUCUCCAUCCUAGGUUAAACAUUUGGCAAAGAUCUUAUGCAUUGUCUUUUACAGUCAGAAUACUGCCAUCCCAAGGAGGAGGGCAACACAUUACGCAGCAUUAAAUUAAUGCUGUCCAACUUUGUCAGUUUUAGUCUGCAUCCCAGUUCUUUGUGGCCUGAUGAGGUUGUAAAUGUCUGAAAAAAGAAUUUGGAGAGGUUUCCACGUUAGUCAGCAGUGAAGACGUUCUGUUAUCUUAUAAUACUACCGUAUAUUGUUCUGCUGUGCAGUAGACAAGUUGGCACCUUCUUAUUGGUUGACUAUAACCACGUUUUCCAAUUUGUGCCCGGUUCUGGGAGCUGGGAUGCAGGCUUUGUUGUACAGAAUACUGUUUGAUCCAGAGGUGGACUUAAGACCAUAAAUCAUGUCCCCACAAAACAAUGUAAAUCUCUAUGUACAGUGAAGUGUUUGUAUGAGCUCUUCCCUCUACAACUACCCUGCAGAGGUCCUUGGGAUUAAAGGAACUCUUGUAAGUAAAGUCUCCUCAAGGCUUUUCUUUAUUUUCUUUUUUAAAUAUGAGUAAGGUCAGGACAUUCUGAUGUCCACUGUCUCAAACUCAAACUUGGUGGCAAACGAAAGAAAAAAAUGUGAAAUGUGAUUUAAAAAAAAAAAAAAGCUGAAUGAAUAAAUGGGUUUUUAACAUGA